AUGUCCGUCGCCAAUGCAGGGAUUAUUGCUGCUGCCACCGUACCAGAGGCAGAAGAUCCAAAGAAGGACGCUGAACUCAAUAGCCCCGACGAUCUCGAUGAAGACCGGCCGGUCGCUCCAGAUCAGUUUGAUCCGAAGUAUGAGACUUCGAAAUGGGAGCGCUGGGCCUAUUAUUGCUACUAUAUCGGCAAUAAUGGAUUGACCCUCUUCAAUUUUGCACCGACGUCAUUUCAAGACCUGCUCUACGAGGCCGCUGGUGACAGCGAACGACUACAAUUUCUGGGCGCCUACCGUACCAUCAACAGCAUCGUCUUACUUGCAAAUGGCAUAUCCUUUGCCAUUCAAGUAGUCUUAUUUCUGCUGAUUGGUAGUCUUGCUGAUUAUGGGAAAUGGCGACCCUAUGUCCUACUGUUCUGGUCGAUUGUUUCCUUCGCGAUAGGCUUUGGCUGGCUAGGAAUACACACGCAAGACAAAUGGCCGGCUGCAACGGGUAUGUACAUGACGGGGCUUAUUUCCUAUCAGAUGUGCAUCACCUUCUGGACAGCGGCUUUUCCGGGGUUGGCACGGAACACGCCUGAGAUGAGGGAGAAGGCGGUACAAUAUGAGAACCGAGAGAUUAGUAGAGACGACUAUGACUUUGCCGACAUGAUGGAGCGGAAUCGCAUAUACAACGUCGCCUUUAUCAUGCAAAGCGCUGGGGAAAUCGUCGUUCUUGCCGUGCUAGUUGGAAUAUUGUUCGCUUUGAACGUCAACGCAAGUGCUGCGAACAAUCUAUGGGGCCUAUCGGUUCUCAUUGCGUAUGCGACUGGUGUCUGGAUCGUGCUUGCGGUGCCCUGGUUCAUCCUGGAGAAGAGACGACCUGGUCAGAAACUUCCCCCCGGAAUGAACAUCAUCAGUGUUGGCUUUUGGAACAUUUGGCGGGCCCUAGUCCAGAUCUGGGAGUUGAAGCAGAGCUUGCUGUACCUUGUCGGGUACUUCCUUCUCGGCGAUUCUUUGAACACAACAGUCACGGUUAUUGCGACUCUACAAAACUCAGUCGUCUCGUACAAUACGUUGACACUGACAUACCUGCUCAUCGUGGGAAUCGCGGCUCAAGGUGCCGGGAUUCUUGCCUAUUGGCUCAUCCAAAAGCGCUUCGGACUCAGCACCAAAACAAUGUUUGACGCAGUCAUGAUUGGUAUUUUGCUCCUUGACGGUUGGGGGUUGAUCGGAGUAUGGACUCAAUCAUUCGGGUUUCACCAUGAAUGGGAAUUCUGGGUAUAUCAAGCCUUCUACGGCCUGUUUGUGUGCCAGUGGUAUGCGUACUCGCAGACAAUGAUCAGCGAGGUCACUCCCCGCGGCAAAGAAUUUUUGUUCUUCAGUCUCUACUCUAUCAUGGGGAAGACAAGCGCGUUUAUUGGCCCAAUUGUCAGUAGCGCCAUCAUCGACGCGGAUCCCAAGGGAAAUAAUAGCUUGCCCUUUUAUUUCCUGUUUGGGCUCAGCGGGUUGAGUUUUCUGUUGUUGUUCUUCUUUGUGGACCUGAAGAAGAGCAGAAGGGAGCAAGAGAGGUUUUUGCAGAGGGAGGAAGCCGCCAAGCAACGACGCGCAAGUAUCAUCAGUCAGGGGAGACCGAUUGACGACGAGGGAAGCCUUGAUAGCGACAGAAAAGCCCCGAAGAGCGAUCAAUUCAAGUCUUGA